AUGGCCAAAAUUCGCAAGCAUCAAUUCCGUAACGAUACUUUGCGCGUAGAAGCUCUCACGCAUAAAUCAUACCACUAUGAGAAUCCAAGUACUGGUCCACACAAUGAACGCUUAGAAUUCUUGGGCGACUCGAUUGUGUCUUUUGUCGUUGCGAAUUUCUUGUACACCCGUUUUCCACUUUUCAAAGAAGGACAACUCACCUUAAUGCGCGCGAAUUUAGUUUGCAAGAAAUCGUUGGCUCGUUUCGCGCUUCAACUUGACCUCGACAAAGAGUUGUUGCUCGGUGUCGGCGCACUGAGGGAUGGCGGGCGUGAAAGCGAAAAAGUGCUCGAGGAUGCUUUCGAAGCGUAUAUUGGUGCGGUGUUUCUUGAUUCUGGAUCUAAAAUGUCGGCUAUUCAAGACUUUAUGGAACCGAUUCUCUUGCCCGCCGUCGAGGAAUUGACUCGCUCGUCAUCACCGGUACCUCCUAAUAAUGAUUUGAAUCUCUCAGCCGAUCUGCAAGAUCCCAUUAAUAAACUUCAAACGUGGUCGCAACGAAAAGGAUUAGGAAUACCAGAAUACAAAGAAAUCGGUGAAUCUUGCAAUGAUCAUAACGCUAUUUUCACUGUUGGCGUGCAUAUCAAAGGGACACAAAUGGGUAAGGGGAGAGCGAGAAACAAAAAAGAUGCAAAAAAAGAGGCAGCAAUGAAUGCACUUCGUUUUAUCAACACCGGUAUUGUGUCCGAAACUUGUCAAUCUAUGGUUCCUUCUGGUUCUCGUAUUAAUACUUUGGAUCUUCCUAGUCCGAUUCGCACCUCUAAUUAA